AUGUUCUUUGGGAUAUUUGUGGUUGUAGAAAUCUGGCUGGGACAUCUAAUUGUCUGCGAAGUCGGUGCAAUAACCUCACUCGAACGCAGUGCGUGGUCGUUUUGCUUUUUCGCUCACUGACCUAUCUUCUUGUGCAGGUUUUACUCCCUCACGCAACAUAACCUGCGCUCAGUGCCAGUCCGAAUCUCGCACUGGCUACUCUAAGACCUCGCAUGCAGAAUGGAGGAUGGCCAAUCUUCGUUGUUUAAACUAUCCUGAGCAGUUUUACAAGCCUUGGUAAGUGAAGGCGAUAGCUAUCUUCGUCUGCCAUUAAAAAAGAACUGGGAUUUUUUUCACUAGAAGCAGUCCCAAUAUGCGGUGGAGGCCAUUAGCUGCCGUGCAACUACUUAUUGACGUUUAAUUUCACAUCUUUGAAUGUGGACACCUUUUAUAUGAGGUAUGGUCAUUCAAGGUAGUCCCUGUUUCUGAAAUGCUAGUAGUUAAUGCUAGAUUCUGAGCGUGGUCAACCUGCGUAAAUAUUUUCACCUUCAGUGAUAGAUUAAUUACAAGCAGAGCACUUGAACGCCGAUAGAAGCCACCUAAAAUAUAUACUGAAGCGUCCUAAACUGACUACCCAUCGAAUGAUGGAAUGUACUUUGCCGGAAUCUAGCUCUAUCUGCCAUUUCGAAAUGAACUAGAUUGCUAAAAUACGGUGUUUCUAACAGACACUGGGGAUCGCUAUGAAGUUCCUAAUUUGUUAAGAUUUUGGCUACUUUUGGAGUGUCGCGCAAAACCCGAGAGAAUUCAAACAUAAUUGUUUCGAGUUAAGGAUGCAUGCACCUAAUACUACAUACAGUAAGUGACCUAUCUCAUGAAAUGUUGGCGGAAAUUCUAAAAUGCGUUUUCGAUUAGGAAGGAUUACUUGGCCGCGGUUGUAAUACUGAGUAUUUUGUAACAUACUCUUAUAACAUUUCGGACUUGGCAGGAUGUUGGCUUUUGAACACACUUCUUUUCAAUCUCCUGUAGAAAGCGUGCUCUGUAACAAAUGACUACUUAAGUAGCAUGAAUUUUUCCCAUUUAUUUUCGAUAGUCUUUGAAAUUAAAAUAUAUUUUAUAGAAGCCACACAUAAAAAUAUGCUUUCUUUUACUCAAUCAAUAGAGAAUCACUUCUGCUUUAUAUUUUAUGCUUAAAGAAGGAGUAUAAUUAGGUUUUAAAAAGUUUCUAAUUAUGAGACUUUUUAAGACCUCGAUAUGUCCGUUCACAUAGCAUCGUACCUGUCCGUUUACCACUGCUGCUCAUGGAAUUUACAACAUGGUCCACAUCCAUUGCAAAUUUUUAUGGACUCUGUAUGAUAUCUCCUUAAUGGCAUAGAAAAAUAUGGGAUUUUCUCUACUCGGAACGAAUGCACCUUGUAGAGUGAAAUCACUAAGCGAUAAUGCAACGAAUGAUCAGGCUCCAAAUUUUUCUGCAAUUAGAAAACUUUUUAAACCUAAUUAUACUCCUUCCAUAAGUAUUAAAUAUAAAGAAGACGUGAUUCUCUAUUGAUUCACUAAAAAAAGUACAUUUUUGUUUAUGGUUUCUAUAAAAUAUAUUUGCAUUUCCAAGACCAUCGAAAAUCAAUGGGAAAAUGCAUGCUACUUAAGUAGUUAUCUUUUACCGAGCACGCUUUCUAUAGGAGAUUGAAAAGAAGUGCAUUGAAAAGCCGACAUCCUGCGGAGUCCGAAAUGAUAUAAGAGUAUGCCACAAGAUAAUCAGUAUUACAACCGCGGCCAAGUAAUCCUUCCUAAUCGAAAACGCAUUUCAGAAUUUCAGCCAACAUUUCAUGAGAUCGGUCACUCACUGUACAUUUACUUCAUAUUUUGUUAUAUAUGAAUGAAUGGGUUUUAAAUUAGCAACUUGGUAUCAACGGGGUGUGAGUAGUCUCAUUUCACCCGCUUCCAUGUAGUACGGCAAGUUUAAAUAUUCGAUUUCAUUGAAGUUUUCAGUCCUUGUCUAAGUCAGUGAUUACUGAUAAGAUUAUCAUUCCGACAUUAUUCACAGUGCUAGUUCAUUGGGCAGAAGCUCAUAAACUGUAUUGCCGAAUCACAAAACAGGUCCGUGUAUGGCACCAAUGAGACGCCUACAUUCUAUCCCAGAGGCGCUACUGAGCAAGAUGUCAGUAGUUGAUAAGUUUUACCAACAAAAACCAGGACACUGCAAUGGUCAUUUCUGGUUUGUUUGUCGUCGUCAGCAAUCCGGAGAUGCACACUCGGGAUCAACGAUUAGUUGACUUAUUACUAUUGGCCCUGUGUCCGUCUAUGUUAACCGUAAAACCGCAGCUUCAAUGCGAAACGGAAAUUAGUAUUUCACGCCUGCAAGCAGGCCAGCUCGGUGCACGUCACUCUCACGUUAAUGUCUUCGGUGUCUCCUCUACCCCUUCUCUAGUCAGAAUUUUCUGGAACUAAUUAUUCUCCUACUAAACUCUCUGUAGUCAUGCCCCUAAGUCUUGUGCGCUGCUUGAAGUUUGCUUCUCCGGUCCGCGGACCACUAACGGACGCAGCUACACUCUCCCUCAAUAGUCGGGGCCAAGACUGGCAGAUUUAUUUGCUACGGCGGGAACGCAAGAGCUGACACUCCUCCCGGUGAAAAUACAGGCGAAAAAAGUUACUAACACCGGUCAUGAAAUCGGGGGGGGGCAUUAACGACUUGAACGCGUUCAACCAAUUAAUUAUCUUAGGAGCAUCCCCCAUGCAUGCGAAAGCUACGAAUUUUGGUGGGUGUAGGCGUAUUUUGACGUAACAGCUGAAUCCUACGAGCACCGCACCUUUCGUGCGUCCGCCAUCUCAUUCUGUUGUAGUCUUUGAUGGAGGACCUGAGUCAAGCUGAAACACCUGGUAAACUAAAGUCCUUGUCUCAGCGAUCGAGUCUUCUCCUUCUUUUUUUUCUUUGUCUUCAUCGUAUUUUGCAACUAAAGUUUUAGGGCAGGGUUGACUGAGGACGGCAAUCAAGCCACUAACGACCCUUCUAGUGCCCUUUGCCCUUGUAGGUGAUUCGUUCGUAAAUCAUAUAAUGACCCUACAAGCUGAAGUAGUUAUUCUAGCUGCACUGAUACUGUCUGGCUGCGAUUAGAUCAUGCUCCCUUCCCAUGAAGUCGCCGCACAAAUUUGGACAAUAAUCACCUGCAUCCUUACUAGGGGAGGGGAACCAGUCGCUGCAGUUGUCACAAAAUAUGUUGGAUGCGAGUUGAAGUCUUUUGUCUGUAGAGAGCAAAAAAACUCUUACUUCUUCCAACCACCAACCAGGGCACCAAAACACCACGCAAAUCACAGCAGAUAUACCGAAAAGGAGAGUGAAGGCCGAUCGCCACAAACGGAUGCCAGAGAGUAUCAAUUCCUUGCCGUCAUAUAGACUGGUCGUCUAUGAAGCCCUAUUCUGGAGGCCUAUUGAAGGGAAGAAAUCGGUAGUAGACACAUUCAGUUAGUGACCUAACGCACGAAAUGUGUUGAAAUUUACGAAUGAUUGCCAAUCACUCGCAGACCGACAUCAUUUCAUGAGUCAAACGUCUAUGCAAAUUAAGCACAAGUUUAAUAGACUUAAAUAUACAAAAGAAAUAUUGAAGGCAGUGUUCCGUUGUUUAGAAAUUCCCAAUUAUUUUGAAAAGCGUAAUAUCCCGAAAACGUCAGAAAUCGCUCUAGUUUAGUAAACUUCGUUUUUAAACAUAUAGAAUGCAGUCUCUUAUUUAAAACAUAGUAGAUGUGAAAGUAGACAUAAAAUCACGUCUAAUAACAGUGUUUUUGUGAAAUUGUCAUCUAAACAUCGUUCAAUAAGUAGUGUGAUUUCAUAUAUGACGGUUUGUCAACUGCCUGCAUCCUGAGUGUAAAUUCCAUAACAGUUUUCCAGUAAGUAAUGUGAUUUUUGGCGCGUCUGAAGUAAAUUGGAUGGGGUUCAACAAGAGAAGCUGGAAUUUGCUUUGUUUCACCGAUGGGGACGUCGUAGGAACAAAAGAUUUCAUAAGGUGACAUGCCAUGAGGUCGGUCGGUGCCUAAUAAAUUUAAAUAGAACUGACAGGCGUGAUCAUACAUUAUUUUCUGUUUAUAGAGAGAACUUUUCUUCUGUUAAAAAUAAUUUACACCGUUCGUUUUUGAUUGCGCUGAGUUUCAGAUCAACCUCAAAAUGCUGCUGAAUACUUCAUGAUUUUCAGUGUUUUCACCUGAUCGCACAUAAAAACAGAUUCUGAAUUACCUGUCUGUUGAGAAAUUUAAAAUAAGAUUGUUCUUGAAGGCAUUUACAGAAUUAGUGAGUGUUCGGGCUCUCCUUUUCAAGAAGACGGUCGUUUGGGUCGCAUUGAAAGACUCAUUCAAACAUCCAACUUCAUUUUCGAGAAAACUGGCUGUCCACAACGAAAGUCAGCAACGAAUAUACCUUAGAUCAAUAAGGAAACUUUCCUUAAUAAGUUACCGCUUUUGGAAGUGCUUUAUUAUUUCACUCCGCUGACGGAUCUCUGCGAGCUUUGCAUUUUUGCACUGUGAGGCCAAGUAAACAUUUGACACUUUUGACCGCUUCUUUCACGUUCCUUAACAAUACUAAUAUUUUUCUAUCGUAAACGUAAGACCACGCCUUCUUCUAUAUAUUGAGGCGAUUUCCACUUUUUUCUCUCGCUUUUAGACUCCGUUCUUUGAUUAUGAAUGCACUGCAGAGCGCCCACAUAAAUACUAAGAUUUUGCUGAAGCUAUAAAUGUUUUGUUCGUCCUAUUUCUAAACAAGAUAUGCACAGAAGCUAAACUACACGAACGGUAGUGCUUCAUAUGUUUAAAGCUGGAACUGACCAAUCGGUUGCGGCUAUUUAUGUGACAUCAGGUAAAAUUUUCCAAGCGGCGAAGUAAUUUCGGGCUAUUAAAACGAAGGAAUCCCUAGCUGCGUUAUUACUGCACUUUAGGGCACUAAAUCGCACAGAUCUGCUAAUUUGACAUUUAGGAAUUGAUAAAAUUUCUGGUUUUCUUAAAAUAACGUUUUUGUUAGCAGGUUGAUCACCAUGGUUAACCUCGGACACAGAAUAAAUUUUUAAGUUCGGAUAAAUCUGUUUAUAAUAACUCUCGCUGGUAAAUUACUGUUCUAUGAAUGUAAAAGUCGCUCAGAUGCGUAACCGGAGUCUAGGACACGCAUUAGCAUAAAAAAUUGCACAAAUAUAUUCCAGUGUCCAUUUUCGCUAAAAUUUAUUGAUAUUUUACUUGAUACAAUUGCGUAAACACAAUUUCUGCAUAAGAAAAGGGCAUUUUAUUGAAGUAAGUGAAUGGGCGAACAAAAUGCGUAACGCUAAAGACUUUUAGAAAUUCUCCCAUCAGAUUUCAUGAGAUAGGUCACGCACUGUACGUCGGCCAGAUCAUCGAGGAUGUAAGUCAAAGAAAGCGGUGAUUUUCCUGGGGACUUUCAUGUCCAAGUAUCGGUUACUAUCAAAAUUCCGCUGCAACUACGACCCAUCUUCAAAACCCAGUAAAAGGUCACGAUGUAACGGUGACUGGGCAGUAACUCUAGUUGGGCCUGGUUACCAUUCCACAGACCAACCACAGCCCAGAAGGACUUGACAUUCGAAGCUGACUCUCCUGUUUGACAAUAAAGAGGUUUAACUUCUCUGAAGUGAGAUCAAAAAUAUUCAUGAUGAUAAGGACAGUUGAGGAUUUUAGGAAAGCGGCUGGCGCAACAACACUGAACUGCAAAGGUGCCUAUUGUACAUUCGGCUGUCAAUAUAUAUAUAUAUAGCAGCAAGGAGGGACGACAGAGAAUGCGGGUAGAUUGAUACAGUACUGUUUCGGGCUUAUUGUGCCUUCAUUCAGCCAAUCAUAACCCUGUCCCUCCUUGCUGCUACUAUGACUUGGCCGACUUCGGCCUGGUAAUUGGUUGCCUGUUCGUGACCUUUGCCACACAUACGGAGCUUGUUUGCUUCGUGAAGCCAAUAGAUCGGUGUGCGCUCAUUCCUGAUUGAUAUAUAUAUAUCAUCUGCAGUCGACCUACCAGGUCCUCCGCUAGUAUGAUGACUCCAUGGGUAGACGAAAUUCUGAAAGGUUUUAUAGCUUCGGUGCGUGCAUAUGUCUAGAUUUGCGGUCAAGUUAAAACCCGCUUAGCCAUAACAUCCAUUGUCCUGAUAGACAAAAACGCUCCACCAGUUUGUAGAAUGCUCAAGGUGUUUAGUGGGUACGAUUAGAGGAAAUGCGAAACAUGCACGCAACUAUAAACCAUCGUCUGCAGAUGGGUUUCACGACGUCAACCUUAAGGCCUUGCACGGGCUGUGCUGCCAACUCCAUGAUGGAGAAUACGUCGGCUGACUGUUCGGAAUAAGCGAUGUUCCGAACCGCUGGGCUGCUGGUUGCGAAGGCCUCCCCUGGCAGAUCGCCUUCAUUAUCUGACUCCUUACGGGGUGUUCAUGCCUUUCUUCUUAUCCAUAGUCGCACGUGGCCUUCUAAGAACUUCAAACAAAAGGGUCGGUUAGGCUGAAUUACAAGCCGGUAGUCAAAGCGAAUAAUAAAGGGAUAUCGAUCUUUAACAAGGCUGUCGGGUGUGUCGUGGAUGAGACAACUGGCUCGAAAUCGCGAGGUCCACAGUUCCAUCCUGCGUGGGAGGCUCAUUUCCUAGCACCGAGUCAGUAAUUUCUUUUGGUCUGUAUCGUGCUGGUUUCUGAAAAUGUCCAAAAUUUCUGAAUUGCCUGAUUAAAUUAACUGAAGGCACCUUUAGUCUCUGCUGGGUAAGCAUCUGAUGUGUUUUGUGUUUCAGCGUUGAAACAGAAGACUUCAAGCCCCGGGGAUGCGGAAAGUUGGUGACAAGAUCCAACCUGUACUUCGGCGUCCAUGAAGAUCGAGGUAAGCUUAUAGAUAUCUCCUCGGCGGUUUAUGUUUUGACUCAUUCUGCAAAGUGCCUGAAACAUACCUGCGAAUGUGAAAGGCACUCAGCUGUGACAAGAAUUACCAAGCAGACAAAAACAUGAGAGCCUGAGUUUCAUGGUAUUCAUAUGGUGUUUGAACACAAUAAAACCGAGAAUAAAAUAAAAAAUAUAAUGAUGAAUUAUAGUCGACAAAGUCUCCUUCAGACGUAGGAUCCGCACAUGACUUGCAUGUGGAAACUUAAAGAUGAGUGAAUGUCAAGAAAUUCAACAGGCUGAAUAGAAAUGAAGUUCAGUGCUUCAAAAUAAGCCUAAGACAUUGCUUUUAUCUGUUGGCAUAAUUUUGCGACGUAGAUUAGACCGUCUGUCAGCAGCUGCGACUGACAGCCGUUCUGCAUCCACAAGUCACACAAGAAACUAUCCUUUUUUCUUCACAGAGAUUACCAUUGUCCGUCGAUUCUGUGCAAGCGAGGGAGCAACAAGCGACGAAGAGCGUUGCGACUCCACCCUGUCCCAGGGACGUGUUACUGAAAGGUGCAUCUGUGGUUCUGACCGAUGUAAUGGUGCAACAUCCUUGUCAAUGCUUCCGUCUUCAGUAUUUCUGCUCGCGGCUGCUUGGUUGCUAUCAACGUAAACCCGUGAACCUCACGGAAGGCCACAGUUGGAUACUGUUUCUAGCCUACUGGACGAACAUGAUCAAUUUUAUGUAUUGCUUACUCGCUACUUGCAACUUAUCAGUACAAAUGAAUAGUAAAAAUGUACUACACUAUCAGACGCAUCGCGCUGGAUUCGUCAAUUUUUGACCGCCUGUGACAAGCUGGCAUUGCGCGGCAAACUGGUGAGUGAACCCUGAACUCAGCCGAUUGGCUAAAUAAGGACAUCUUCGGGAGUUCUCUUGGCAGCUGUUUUGGAAACAUGCAAAGUAAUGCUAAUUUGUGUGAAGGCCAAGAGGCGACCAUUACGCAACAGUAAGUAUUGUCGUCGAUUUCGACGUGGCUAUCGCCCUCCAUCGGAAAUCCCCGUAUGCAAGGCUCACGUAAGUCAAUGAUCGACCACAAACAGGCGAGAAAUUUAGUGACGUCCGUCAACUUCCACGUCGAAAUUGCCCCUGCAGUCGUGCAGGUCAGACUGCAGAGAGACUUAGACUACGAACACAUGAACAAAAACUGGCAGUUGGAGGAUUAGCUGCUGCUCCAGGUCGCUGUAAACACCCCAGAGGUAGAUAGUGAGUUCGAACUCGUGAGCUCAAGUCAGACUGUAGGUUUUUCGAGUCCUGAACCCCGAUGCUAACUGCAUAGACCGUCGUAUGGAGUUCUCCCAACCGAUUAUGCGUUGCGCAUCCACUGACAGACGGUGAGGCCGGUUUCCACCCAGGGACGCAUACAGUCGACAGAUAGAAGAUAAGUACAAAAGCUACGUGUUCGUUGCUGCAUCUUCACUCCUCCCGAUGAUAGGGUCUCUGCGCGGGUCGGAACGUUCCCACUAAUGCAACAUUGUUACAUUGAUUAACUCCUCGUUUUCUUUGAAACAAGUUUUUAUUUGCAAACCGAAGACAGGGAGGAACUAAUUCAGGUCAAAGUCCCGUGGUCCAAAUGUGAUGUGCAGACCGAUAAAGCGGUUAUCAUAGAUGUAUGUCAUUUGUGCAUCAGAACACAUGGGUACCCAUUGUGUAUUUUACGCGGUUAACUCGUUGCACAAAUUCACUCACAGUGUAACUCUCAGUACGUAGUCGGGUAGUGCGAGUCCCACGACGUUGAACUUCAGUUCAUCUGUGAUAGAAUAGCAUGUUGUCACCAUCGACCUCCGGAGACACUUUAUCAAAUAAAUCCAAAACCUGUCAAAUGUGGAUUAAAUUGUCCAGUGUGUUAGAGUUGCGUAUAUUCCCAUUGAAGAAUUCAAAAGACAAUUUGGCGAGCAUACGUAAGCUUUUGAUAAAUUCUCAUCAGGCCUUUACAUUUAUGCUGAUAUCGAAGUGAUUAAAAAUAAAAUGCGGGCAUGCAGAAAUUUUUCUGUAGCUGGGGCUUGGGGUAGAGGGUCUGGGUGGGCGAGGUGAAAAAUUACCGUCAGCGUCAGCGGGGAGAAGGAGAUGGCGGGCACUGGGACGGGACAGUGUUUGUUAUCUGCCACUCCUUUGAAAGGGAAAAAGGAAAGAGACUGCAAGUUGAGAUUACUGUUGAGUAGCAGCUGACGCGGUCGAUAAGAACUUAGUCUAAAAGGAUUAAAGAUAGUCAGGAUGCUAUCUGCGCAAGACGUGGAUUACUCAUAAAAACUCCUUAGUUAUAUCGGCACCUGGAUGACGGUUUCUACUAUCGCCCUCGAAACGCCAAGGCUUCAAGUAAACAUUCGUAAAUUCAGAUAGCUAAAGUGGUAGACAACGGGCGACUGAUGUGAGGGGAUAAUCGGCAGGGAGCUGUUGCCUGGGAAUUACGCUCGCCGAUGUCCUCGGCAGAUGAGAUGAAACGAAGUAUGCUAAUGCCUCUCCUCUUUGUCAGUCACUUCGACUACUGCUCAUCCAUGUGCUGGGACAAAUAAAUGUGCGGUUUCAGAACUGACCAGUCUCUCAAACCCCUGAGGGCUCUUUUGUCUCCUGCUCAAAAGCUGUUCAGAAAGCGGACCUAGGACAUUUCGGCAUAGGUUCUCAAAGCGACGCCACUGAUUAUUGUGGUCAUUUAUUUAAUCGCAGGAUAGUACGCAUCGUUUGCUCAUUCAAAAAGGCGGUUUGACGGGUGCAUUUACCUUCAUCGUCAGAUUUGUCACAGAAGACUAUCCGAUCAGAAGAUUUACACACAAAAUUAUCAUUGCAUUGGGGGGGGGCGGCGGGAUGGGCUAGUUCGCAUGCCCCGACACUCCGGGGAUGAAACAGGGCGAUGUAGAAGGCCGAGUUAGAAGAGGAACUCAAUCUUUUUCGUUGCCGGGAGCGCCUAUGAUGCCAGUUGCACACAAAUGCACUGAGAUAGCGAGAGCGGGAGCCAUGCACAAAGAGAACACAGGUAUAAAGCUCGUAAUUCGCACUUACAGUAGGUGGGCUAACUCAUUAAAUGUCAACCGAACUUCCGAAAUGCGUUGUCGUUUCGAAAAGAUUAAUUAAAUAGGGUUGUAAAACUAGUCAGCCGGCAAAAUAAUUCUAUAAUAUUUCAGUUACCUUAGGAUGCUGGCUUUCGAAUGAACUUCCUUUCGGCUGCAUGCAAAAACCAUACUCUGUAAAAAAUGACUGCUUAUGUAGCAUGAAUUUUUCUUAUUGAUUUUUGAUGCUCCUAAAAGUACAAUUGUAUUUCAUGGAAAACAAGCAUAAAAAUAUUCAUUUUCCCGCUUAUUUAGUAGAUAGUUACGUCUUCCGCCAAUGUUAUACUCGAAGGAAGGGCAUAAUCCGGUUUUCAAAAACCUUUCCGAUUCCCGAAUAAUUUUGAACCCGAUCUAUCAUUACACUUGGAUUCAGGGUUUCCAAACUACAAGGCGUAUAUUUUCCGCGUACGGAAAACCAAACAUUUCUCUACGGUAAUUAAGGGGGAAUAUAUAGGGUUUAUAAAAUUUCGCCGUGGAUUUGAUCCAUAUUGUUAACUUUACAAGUCACAUUGGUAAAUGCAGAGGCAUGACGAUUUAUGAUCGGUCAUUUAACGAUAUUUAAAAGUCCCACAAUUAGAAACUUUUUUAAACUGAAUUAUGUCCCUCUUUCGAGUAUAAAAUUAGAAGCCGUAAUUUUCUAGCGCAUGAGCAAAAGAAUGAAUAUUUUUAUGCAUGCUUUCCGUGAAAUAUAAUUGGGCUUUUAGGGGCAUCGAUAGUCAAUGAGAAAAAUGCAUGCUACUUAAGUGGCUGUUUUUCGCAGAGCGUAGUUUUUGCAUGCAGACGGAAGAAAAUUCAUUCGAAAGCCGGCAUCCUGAGGUAACAGAAAUAUUAUAGAAUUAUGUUGCACGCUGACUAGUUUUACAACGCUACUUACUUAAUCUUUUCGAAACGAAAACGCAUUUCGGAAUUUUGGUUGACAUUUCGUGAGUUAUCCCACCUACUGUAAACCUUUUAGCGCACAUGCCGUUCACUACUCGUCGGCGAAAGUAACACUGCGCUAAAUAAACAACCGUUCGUAAAAAGAAGGUAUAUCUCCAUUUAUGAUGUAUUAUUUACUGAUUAAGAAGUAAUUUAUUUUAUUGCAGACCACCAAGUCAAAAAACAGCAAUUUGACGACUUAGAUGUUUAAGGCCUGAUACAACUGACUGCAGAGAGGGAAAAUAAAAAUGUAAACGGGUGAAAAUUGAGCUAACGCAUAAAGGAGCCAACACAUAAGGGUAGUUUUUGUGUACAACAAAUCGUCGUCCCGCUUGCUUGUGGGCCAUUGUGACAGUCUACUUAGUUCUUGGCAUUGUUCUGUUAUCAGUAAUAUUCCCAAGUGUGACGUGGCUAAUAUUGAAAAUAAUAAAUAGCGACUCACACUAUAGCCCUUCAGAUGCCAGUUUUCACAUGCGCUCAAAAUCACCGCCCGAUAGGACCUGCUCAAGUAUCCUUAUCGCACGACGUGAUACAGAAAAGUGACGGCGUGUCGCGUUUAUUCAAUAAAUAUAUUUGUUUACGCCUUUUAAUUCUCGGUGUGGUAUAAAAACGUGCUGCAGCACAUGUUUAUUACUGCGCCGCGACGCAAAAACUGCCCGAAAUUUGAAUCCUCUCCUUGCUGCUUGAAAACAAUGCGGUUUCUCAUCCCUGAUCCCACCUGAUAUCCGUGAAUAAAAGGUUCAAUUUCCCGGUCCAAGAUGGGGUUUAUUUGAAACUCCCAGCGAUAUUUUAUAGAUUAGGAAAUUACGGGGAUGUCAGGAAACGUCCGAUUUUAUCCAAAUCUGGCUUGUGUCAUUGUGUCUUGGGACACAAACUAGAAUAUUUACAGGCGGUCACACAGCGGCACGCAAUAUGGGCUGUAAAGCAUUCACUUGUGACAAUAACGGGAACUUUCGAUCGAGGGGCGAUAGUCACACCGAAACCGACGGAAAUACUGCGUCAUGGUCGCCUCUUGGCCUUCACAUAAAUUAGCACUACUUUCCAUGUUUCCAGAACAGUUGCCAAGAGAACUCCCCAAGAUGUCCUUAUUUAGCCAAUCGGUUCAGUUAGGGGACUUCUCUUCAGUUUCUGGCUUAUUAGCCGUCAUCAGCCAGUCAAACCGAACCCCAAGUGUGGAUCACUUGAGAUUUGGACCCGGAGCCUUUGGACGUAGGGCCCUGGGUCCGUUGACCCGUUGGUUGUGAUCGGAAAUUAUGAUAUAUGAGCGUUCACCGAUCAGGCUACGGAACGUCCUCGGACUUGGGACUCAAACUAGAAUAAUCACAGGCGGUCGCACAGCGGCGCGCAAUAUGGACUGAAAAGUAUUCACUUGAGACAGUAACAUCAAUCAUAAUGGCUGGUAAAAGACGAGUAAAUUGUCAGAAUUGUCACCGUUCUGCUGUUUCUUUCUACGAUGCUUCACACAGCGCUGCUCUAGCAGACAGGUCAUAAGCAUUUCAGUAAACUUUGUCGCUGCGUUCGAUUCCGUUCACCGUGAGUCCCUGUGGCGGAUAAUGGCGCUAGAUGGUGUACCGGCAAAUAUCGCUACUAUCGCUCCUACUAUCCUACUAUCGCUCCACUACUGCGAGAGUCCUGGUCCGCAACAAUCUUUCCCAACCGUUCGGUAUUCGGUCUGGCGACCGACAGGGUUAUAUCCUGUCACCCAUACUGUUCAACUACGCUAUUGACUGGAUCUUCGGGAGGGCCCUGCGCGAGAGUGACGGUGUUGAAUUUUCACCCGGACAUCGUCUGACUGAUCUCGACUAUGCCGAUGAUAUCGCCUUACUUGCUUCAAAUUUUGGUGAUCUGCAGUCUAUGGUGUCACGGGUGAACGAGGUCGCUAAAUCGGGUCGGUUUGUCCAUAAACGCUGGGAAGACCAAAGUGUUCUCAAGCUGCAUCCCUGACCAGGAGAAGGCAGCCCUCGGGAUUGAUGGUUGUCAACUUGAAGAAAAGACAGUUUUGAAUACCUUGGGGCGAGGCUGCUGCCGAAUGGACAGAGUAAGGACGACAUUGUCUCCCGAAUCGAUGCUGCCCGCUGGGUUUUCUCAAGCCCUCGGAAAUGCCUGUGGAACCGACGCGACCUCUCCAUCGCCAGUAAGAUUCGCGUGUACCGUGCAUCUGUCCGGUCUGUUCUUCUCUACGGUUGUGAGUGCUGGGCUUUGCUCGUGGAGGACGAGCGAAAACUGAAGGUAUUUGACCACCACUGCUUGAACACCAUUCUUCGAGUGAAGUACACCGACUUCGUCUCUAAUGAGACAGUCCGCGCUCGCUGCGACAACAUCGCAAGGAUAACUCAGGCCAUCCAAGAAAGACGACUGAGGUGGUUCGGGCAUGUUCUUCGUCGUCCACGUCAGGAGCUCAUUGUUACAGUCCUCGAUGCGGCACCGUUGCCCCAUUGGAGGCUUCGAAGCGGGGGUCAGUUCAAAACCUGGCUCGACACUGUCCGUCAAGACAUGGAGGUGGUUCUUGGACCUUCGGUAUUCGGUCUCCGUCGUUGGCGAAGGGAAUGGGUUGAGCUGUCCAGAUCUGCUGCCGCGGAUCGUCACGCGUGGAGAGGUACAGUUCGGGACAUCAUCGAGGCCGGCUAG